AAUGAGUGCGAACGAUAAUUGCCAAGAAGGUAAUACAAUGGAUGAAUAGCAUAAACAAUAGAUGAUGUAAUUAGAAACAAUGGGUAUGAUGUGUAAAUAUUAAAUGAUCUUCACUAAAAUGGAUGCAGCAUUAUUGAAAAUAGCAUCGAUCUUGCGAUAAAAGUAAUUGACUAAUAUAAUUUCAGAUAAAAUAAUGAUAAGUCGUAUGCUCUAUUUCAAAUUAAGGAUAGCUCAACAAAUUAAAAGCAUUCUCUUAUGAUAAAUGCAUUAUCGAUAGCGUAAAGAAUGAAGCUGAAGUUAAAUGGAUUAUUUAAUUUUUGUGAAAAGCACGCUCAAGAGAAUUAGUUUAUAGGUAUAUAAUCAGUUGAAUUUCUAAGCGUUUCAUAAAAUUUAAAUAAUUUCAAAAGCUAGAAAUUAGGAACUGAAACUAAAAGAGGAAAACGAGAAAUAGAAGAAAGAAUUUUUAUUCAAAUUGAAUCAGAAGGAUGAAGACAUAGAUAGGCAGAGAAAAAAGAAUGAAGAGUUAGAAGGAAUACUGUAUUAAUAAAAGUAGAGAGAGAGCGAUUGUACAAUUAAACUAUAAUAAAAAAUGAAGUUGAUUCAGAGAUAUGAAAGUGACCUUUUGGAACUAAAGCGAUAACCUUCUUCAACCAAGAAUUCUAAUUAAGAAAAUCGAGUAAACUUGUUAUUUAUUCAUUUAAGUUGAAGGAAUUAGAAAAUAACAAUACCAUAUUAAGUUUAUAAAUACAACAAAACUCCUAAUCUUUAAUAAAUUUUGUAAAGGAGAUGAAUGAAUUAUUGGACAGUCAUUCUUUUAUAUUGAAUGAGAAGAACAUUAGCAGUUUUCGUGCAAAAUAUAAAUGA